CUCAAAAUAGUUGAUGUGGAAUAAAAUAAGAACAUGAUGUUCAAAUGGAAGGUGUUAAUAUAAAUAUGUUUAUUUAAGCUAUUUUCUCCGUGAUCACAUGCUGUUGUUGAUUGUAUGUUAAUGUGGUGCUAUUCUAUGAGUUAAUGCUGGCUUAGGUAUAUUUUCACUCAGCGUUUCGUUGAGCGUGUAGUCGUUGUUGUUUGACUGCACGCAGAAAUUGGUCAUGUAGCGUAUCAGUUGGAGCUACCCCUGAACUGAACAAGAUUCACAAUGUGUUUCACGUCUCUAUGUUGCGACUUUACCGAUCAGAUCCGACCCUUUGGUUACCCGAGGAAACAAUCACUUUGGACGAUAACUUGACUUAUGAGGAGGAGCCUGUACAGAUCCUAGCACUAGAGGUGAAGCAGUUGAGAAAUAAGAGGGUGCCUUUGGUCGAAAUCCUGUUUCUUCAGUCGUUCUGCUCGUUGCUUCUGCGCUGUUCACAGAUGACGGGAGGCAACGAAAGAAACCACCGCCAUCUCCAGCAGCGCCGCCGUGACUCGCCGUCAAUGCCAGUGGUUCCGAGUGACAUCAAGUCCUCAGUAGGUGAAGCCUCUUCAACACAAGCCACACCUUUAAAUACGGUUCAACAUCCAACCUCCACUGGACAAUCAACACAGACAGUGACAUCGCCUCCACCAAUUGCCUCUGUUGUGGCAAUCCCACAGUCUGCUCCUGAAUCUGCCCCAACUCUUCCAAAUUCCGCUUCUUCUGUUUCUGAGCUAGAUGUCUAUGAUCAGGCAGUAUCGAACCUUGUAGCAGGAAGUACCUUAGAGUCCACAAUUCAAGAAAUUCUUGAAAUUGGCGGGGGCAAUUGGGACCGGGAGGCAGUCAUGUGUGCUUUGCGUGCUGCAUAUAACAAUCUUGAGAGAGCUGUCGAUUACUUGUGUUCGGUGAGUUCAUUUUUUUGAAAUAUCAAAUUAUAUUCUGAACUCUGAAGAUCCAAUGAACUCAGGUUCUUGCU